UUUUGUUUAACUUCCAAGUUCCAGCAGUGAAAAAAACCCACUAGCCACUUGAGGUUUACCCCUCGCUAGCCAAAAACAUUAUUUGCGCCCUGAUCGGAUAUCCCGUUGCCCACCCCUCGUUCGUUGAGGUCCUCAAUAGACCAGAUCAAACAGACACAAGAGUAUCUACCAGCCGUGUGUGAUACUCCAUACCCAAGAUGCUUGACCUCGCCGACUUUGUCAGUGAUCGCGGCGGCGAUCCCAAGAAGAUCAAGGAGAGCCAGCGCCGCCGAUUCGCUCCCGAAGAGGCUGUUGACGAAGUCAUUGCCCUGUAUGAGGAAGCUCGUCGCGCUCGAUUCAAUGUGAUGCAGGUGGGGUCGAAGCUCAACGCUCUUCAGAAAGAACUCGGUCAGAAGAAGAAGAACAAGGAGGACGCUACUGGUCUGCUAGAGGAGAAGGCGAAGCUGGAGAAGGAAAAGAAGGACGCCGAAGACUUUGCCGUUCAGAAGGAACUCGAGCGCGACAGGAAGAUCAAGACGAUUGGAAACUAUGUCCAUGACUCUGUUCCUAUCAGCAACAAUGAAGAUGACAACGUUGUGGUCCGGACCUGGAAGCCUGAGAAUACUGCGGUGGAAAAGCGCGAUUGUCUCUCACAUCAUGAAGUCCUCACCCGGUUAGAUGGCUACGACCCCGAGCGCGGAGUGAAGAUUGUCGGACACCGUGGAUAUUGCCUGACUGGAUAUGGACUUUUCUUGAACCUUGCUCUCAUCAACUACGGUUUGGAGUUCCUCUUCAAGAAAGGAUAUAAGCCAAACCAGCCACCCCAGUUUAUGUUGAGAGAGUAUAUGGCGAAGACUGCUCAGCUGGAACAGUUUGAUGAGGAGCUUUACAAGGUUACCGAAAGCGAGGACAAGUCGACGGACAAGUAUCUGAUCGCUACCUCGGAGCAGCCUCUCUCUGCUCUUCACGACAGCGAAUGGCUCCAGGAGAAGGAUCUCCCGAUCAAAUACGCCGGGUACAGUACUUGCUACCGAAAGGAGGCCGGUGCCCACGGUAAGGAUGCGUGGGGUAUCUUCCGAGUUCACCAGUUCGAAAAGAUCGAGCAAUUUAUCUUGACCAAGCCCGAAAAUUCUUGGGAGGUCUUCGACGAGAUGAUUGCGGUAUCGGAGGAGUUCUACCAGUCCCUGGGGAUUCCAUACCAGGUCGUUGCUAUUGUUUCGGGAGCUUUGAAUAACGCGGCGUCGAAGAAAUACGAUUUGGAGGCGUGGUUCCCAUUCCAGGGCGAGUACAAAGAGCUGGUCUCGUGCUCCAAUUGCACCGAUUACCAGUCUCGCGCCUUGGAGAUCCGCUACGGCGUCAAGAAGACCACGGACACCAAGAAGUCAUAUGUGCACGCCCUGAACUCCACCCUAUGCGCGACAGAACGAGCGCUCUGCUGCAUCUUGGAGAACUACCAGACUGAGGAUGGUAUCAACGUCCCGGAGGUUCUUCGAAAAUACAUUCCCGGAGCCCCUGAGUUUCUUCCGUACGUUAAGGAACUCCCGAAGGAUACGACUUCUCAGAAGACCAAGGGAAAGCAGGAAAAGAAGCAAGCUUCUCAGGCUGCUGCCGAUGUUUCAGAGAAGGUCCAGAAUCUCAAGAUCUAAGGGAUGGAUGGAACAUAAAUAUCUUCCGGCGUUUUGAUGCGAACGUAUGAUGAUUGUAAAUGUUGGCGAAUGAAAUCCGUCGGGUUGCAAAAGCAGAUAUCUAUCUACUACAUAUUCUAUAGCUGCGAAUGGAUGGUAACCACAGCCCGUUGUGGAACGUUAAGUCUAUAGUGAUUGGAUCAGAUCAAGGUGGCUGUAGAUAGAGCAGGUCUGUUUAAAAUAAUUAGCACAUGUAUGUACUACAUAGGAACUGGGAUGUAAAUUAAAUCUGAUGUCAGAUAUUG